UUACUUUAGAAAGGUAACAAAGAUUCGGUCACCGUCGUGGAGGUUGCUCUAACUCUUUCCCCCACGUCACCAUAUGAAAUCUACCCCUGCACCACAUUUCCGUUUUCUUUACGUCGUCGCCGAAGGAAAGUAGAGAAGAGACAAAGACCCGCAAACGACGCACACCUUGAAUUCAAUCUCUCGCUCUCUCUGUAAUUUGGUGACUACUGCUACUUGUAUUCCUCCCUUCUCUCCACCUGUUCAACCCCUUCAUUUCUCCCACGUCAGAAUUCAUAAUAAUUAAAUCCCACAAAACACAACCAACAGGCUGAAUCUUUUCAUUCUCCAAGAUAUGGGUUCAGCAAGACUCAAAGUUUUGGUCUUUAUGACGUGUUGGUUUUUGGUUUCAGGUGCGGAUUUUGCUCUGGGGAGCUUUGUAAUAGAGAAGAACAGCAUAACUGUGGUUUAUCCCUACCAUAUGCGGGCAAAUUAUAAUGCUUCCAUUGGGAAUUUCGGAGUUCCUGACUAUGGGGGCUCUUUGGUUGGAACAGUUGUGUAUGCUCAACAGGGUGCGUCUGGGUGCUCUGUAUUUGAGGGUGAUAACCCAUUCAAGUCCAAAACUCGUCGUCCCACUAUUCUUCUUCUUGAUCGGGGAGAAUGUUAUUUUACUUUGAAGGUCUGGAAUGGACAACAAGCUGGAGCUGCAGCAGUUUUAGUAGCGGAUACCUAUAAUGAGCCAUUGAUAACCAUGGAUUCACCUCAAGAAAGAUCAGAUACAGAUGAAUACAUAGAGAAGAUUGGAAUCCCAUCUGCUCUGAUCGAGCGGUCCUUAGGUGACACCUUGAAGGCUGCUCUGAAGCAAGGUGAUGAAGUUGUGAUUAAAAUGGACUGGACGGAGUCUAUGCCCCAUCCUGACGAGCGGGUUGAGUAUGAACUAUGGACCAAUGGUAAUGAUGAGUGUGGAACUCGCUGUGAAGAACAAAUGAGUUUCAUCAAGAACUUUAAGGGGCAUGCUCAGGUUCUUGAAAAGGGUGGUCAUACUAUGUUCACGCCUCACUAUAUGACCUGGUUCUGUCCUACGGCUUUUGUUUCCAGCAGCCAAUGCAAAUCCCAGUGCAUAAACCGUGGUAGAUAUUGUGCACCUGAUCCAGAGAAUGAUUUUGGGGGAGGGUAUGAAGGAAAAGAUGUAGUCUUUGAGAACUUGAGGCAGCUAUGCGUGCACAGGGUUGCGAAUGAGACUGGAAAAUCUUGGGUUUGGUGGGAUUACGUCACAGAUUUCCACAUCAGGUGUUCCAUGAAGAACAACCGAUACAGCAAAGGUUGUGCAGAAGAAGUUAUGAAAUCUCUCGACCUGCCUAUUGAGAAGGUAAAGAAGUGCAUGGGUGAUCCUGAAGCUGAUGUGGAAAAUCCUGUCAUGAAAAGGGAGCAAGAAGCACAGGCUGGCCGAGGAUCUCGUAGUGAUGUCACUAUAUUGCCUACAGUGGUUAUCAAUGAUGUCCAAUAUAGAGGUAAACUUGAGAGAACUGCUGUGUUGAAAGCCAUCUGUGCUGGGUUUAAAGAGACAAGUGAACCUGCAAUUUGCCUUAGAGGAGAUAUUGAGACAAAUGAGUGUCUUGAGAGGAAUGGUGGCUGCUGGAAUGAUCCAAAAUCUAACAUAACAGCCUGCAAGGACACUUUUAGGGGAAGAGUUUGUCAGUGCCCUUUGUUUAAUGGUGUUCAGUUCAAGGGUGAUGGGUAUACAUCAUGUAAAGCUGUUGGACCGGGAAGGUGCAUGAUAAACAAUGGCGGCUGUUGGUCAGAAUCCAGAGAGGGAGCAACAUUUUCUGCUUGCUCAGAAGCUCUUGUUAUUGGAUGCAAAUGUCCUAAGGGCUUUCGAGGUGAUGGCCAUAAAUGUGAAGAUAUAAACGAAUGCAAGGAAGGCAAAGCUUGUCAGUGUGAGGGUUGCACCUGUAAGAACACAUGGGGUGGAUAUGAUUGCCAAUGCAAGGCAGACAAAUUGUAUAUAAUGGAGCAUGACACCUGUUUUGAUAGAUACUCCUCCAAGCAUCGGCGAUUCAUCGCUUUUGUGGUUAUGGCUGUUGCACUGGGUGCUGGCAUAGCUGGAUACAUAUUCUACAAAUACAGAUUUAGGUCGUACAUGGACUCGGAGAUUAUGGCUAUCAUGUCCCAAUAUAUGCCACUUGACAACAACCAUCAGAAUCAGGUUAUCCAUCAUGGUGAGCCUUUACGGGAGCACACAUCCGUGUGAAGAAGGUCUGGUUUGGCUACCUUCCCUUUCGAAUUCAUUAUUGUUUGUACCUUUUAUGAACAAGAAUGCAUAUAAAUUUUUCCAACGAACGUAACAACCUGAAGAUAGUGACGAAAUCUUAUGUGAAGUAGUUGAGGAAAACAAGAUUAGUUACACAGAACUCCGUUUCUGUAUUGCGAAGGUAUAGGAUAUUGGACAGAGAAGAUGUAUGUUACUGAUACUUGUAAAUUGUACUAAUGCAUUUCUAUAAAGUAAAAACCAUACUUUUGUAAUUUGUUUAUUUAUAUGGAGUUUUCCUUUAGAA